UGUCAAGCACACACUGAAAUUUCUUGAAAUAAUUGUUACCAAAUUGAUACCAAUUUAUAAUAUAGUACUUAGAAAGACUCCGAAAUUCUCUUCUCAUUUGAUACUGGCAUCUUACCAUGCAUCGAUGGUUCUUUGCCACCGAUCGGGAGGAGUGUGAGCCAAAACCCGAGGAAGACGGACUCAGUAAUGUUCCGGAGCUACAAGAGCCGCAACCUCCACCUCCAGUGCCGACUACAGAGUGGCCCUUCUGUGUGGUGUUCCACCAUCCACUCAAAGGGAAUGAGUAUGUGGCCAUUAGUGGCAACUGUCCGUCUCUCGGGAACUGGGAUCCCAAGAAGGUGUACAUCUUGGAAAGGAACGACUGCAUCAACUGCCUAUGCAAGUGCUGUCAGUUCGAGGCAACCUUGGAGAUUCCUCGUAACAUCGACAUCCACUAUCGGUACUGCGUUGUGGUCCAGGAUCCCGAAACGGAUGAGGUGUAUAUCCGCUUCUGGGAGUCGCAACUUGAGCCCAGAGUUAUUCGCACAUGUCAGAAUAUGCUAAAGCGUUGCGACACCUUAGGAAAACCACACGAGGAUGAUGAGGCCAACAUGGUGGACCGCGGCUGGGCCACCACCGAGACAAUUCUGCACCUGAAGAUCUUCAAUGCUCCAUUCAGCUGGCAGCGCCAAAAACAGAGGCUUCUGUACGUCCAUGUGCAGCCAAUGUUUGAGGUUCCUGAGAAUCCUUGCACCGAACCAGCCGACCCCCUCAAAAUGGUUUCAUCGGAGACACGCUUAUCGCGUUAUCUGGGCACCCGGAAAAUGAAUAAAGAAAACCACGAUCUUCGACUGGCCCAAGUUGAGGUGGUCAAUCUGUGCUCCCAUAAUCCUUUAGCAACGCAGCCACAAUUCGGAGUUCGAUGUGGGCCGGAGGACAUGGAGUUAUUCCAUUGUGCCAUCGCUUUUCCAGAGGAGACGCUCUACCGCCUGGAUCUGUACACAUACGCCCGUAAAGCAGGCUCCGAUGAACCACCAUAUCAUUACGGUUACGGGUUCCUGAUGCCAGAUCAGCUGCUGAACACCGAGGGCUCUGCCCGGGUGAAGAUCACCUGCGCCUCCACUCACCGUCCACUGAUGGAGAUGUGUGUGCGGUAUUUAAUGAUUCGACCCUUGCCAAAUUUCCGUUGCGACUUGAGUCACACCUACGAGCGUUACUGGCGCAAAAAUCACAUGUGCAUGAACAUCGGUCACAAAGGAUCGGGAAAUACGUACCGGCUGGGAUCCGAUUUGGUGAGGGAGAAUACCUUGUAUGGCUUCAAGCAGGCUGUUUUGGCCAAUGCGGACAUGGUGGAAAUGGAUGUCCAGCUCACGCAGGACUCCCAAGUGGUGGUGUAUCACGAUUUUGUACUGCGAUUUCUGCUGCAGAGAAUGCCAAGUUAUGAGGAUAUUCUGGAUAAUCAGGAUCUGCUGAUAUUUGCCUACGAGAAUCUUAACAAACUAAUGCUGCUCGCUAUGGGAGGAUCAAAACGAAAGGAUAUCAUUGCCGUUCCCCUGGAGGCAUUUACCUGCGAACAGCUCAAGGAGGUGAAGGUCCUGCGAUUCGCUAGUAGCAAAGGUUGCGAUAUGUCCUGUGAUCGAAUGCUGCAGGAGCAGCGCCCCUUUCCCCUGCUUCUUGACCUCUUGGAUGAGGAGAAUCUGCACAUGGACAUGGGCUUCCUCAUCGAGAUCAAGUGGCCCCAGAUGACCAAUGCGCGGCGUUGGGAGAGCGGCAGCUUUAAACCCACCUUCGAUCGAAACUUCUACGUGGAUACUAUCCUGGAGAUCGUUUUGAAUAAGGCGGGAAAGCGGCGUAUCGUCUUCUGCAGCUUCGAUGCCGACAUCUGUGCCAUGGUUCGGUAUAAGCAGAAUGUAUAUCCCGUGACUCUACUAAUGGAGGAUCCGGACUCACCCGUUCAGUAUGCAGACCAAAGAGUAAGCGUUCAGCGUUUUGCCAUCAAGUUUUGCAAUAGUCUGGAAUUUCUGGGGCUGACUCUUCAUGCUAACUCACUACUGAACAAGCCCUCGACAAUGGCAUACCUGCGCCAGAUCAAUAUGAAAGCUUUUGUCUAUGGUAGUUCCACCACUGACCUGGAGAUCCGCGAAAAGCUGAAGAGGCACGGAGUGCAGGCAAUCAUCUACGAUCGCCUCGACCAACUGGACCAAAUGGGCGAGGAGCUGGAGGGGGACACCAUGUGCACCAUUGAUUCAGUGACCACAAGACGCGUUAUCCGUGAGACGGAGGUGGAGGAGUGGGCCCAGAAGUGUGGCUACAAGCCGGAAAACUCCAUCACCGUGCAUAACAUUUACAUCGACUGAUGGUUUAUCCCACAUUUCUAGUUUUACCCCGCUGACGAAUAAAGUAUCCAAAGUUA